AGGGGUCUGCUCCGUUACUGUCAUGUCCAAAUACAAGUGUUCUCUACAUUAACACUUCUACUGGAUAUUCUAUCAACCCAUUGAGUGACAUACCAGGCUUCACUUUACCAACUUUACCUGGAGUGAUUUAUACAGCAGAUCCUCCUUUUGUGACAGUUAAUUUCGCCUCGCUGAACACCUUGCAAAAAGUCACAGUCAAAGCCUCAUACAGAAACCUACUGAGUUCUUACUGCUCUUUCUUAGUUGCUACAGAAGCAUCUGGAUGCCUUAUAGAUUCUCUACAACCUGUGGAAAAUUCAGGCAAAUCAUGUACAGCCAAUACCUAUUUGUGUUCCUUACCUUGUAUUGUUGACUAUGUCCAUUACAAUACGGGACUAAACACCAAGAAUUAUAAUUGUACUGGUGCAAAUAUUUGGAGUCCUCCUCUAAGCCGUGAGCCUUGCAUAAAACCGAUGACCUCGCAGUACACCAUAACCAUCAACGCUACAUUUGAAUUACAGCAUGCUGCUUCAGGCUGCAUGGAGGCUUUCGUAUUUUCAGCCCAUCCCUCACUUAUUCAAGCUCUUCUGGGCCUCGUCUGUCAGCAGACUUCUUUGUCUAUCUCCUCAACCAUUGACUCUACAGUUACGGAUACAAACUCAAUUAGUUCAAUCAUGACAGUAACAUUGGAUCCUAAUACAAUUGGAGCUUUUAAAACACUUUGCUCCAAUUCAAUCGAUGCCAAUAUAAAGACAGAUGUCAUCUCACCUCUCCUCAAAGUUUCCAGUCCAAUAAUUUGUUCUGCUGGAACCUCAACUGUAGUACCAAUCCUCACGAAAUCUGGGGUACUUAGGGCCGGAAAUGCCUGUCUUCAAGCAGGAUAUGUGCUAAGACAAAAAGAUAGCGAUGAGGAAUGUG